UUGUUUGUUUGUUUUUUUUGAAAUGUGUCAAAUUCUGUUUUUUCAAGUUUUAUUAAUGUUACUCGCGAUUUGUCUGUAUAGUUUUUAAAGUGUUUAACCGUUGUUUUAAAUCUUAACAUGCGUUUUCUGGGCCGGUAGUGCUGUUAAGGUUAUGUUUGUUAACGGCUACAAUGUCGAUAAAUGUUACUGUUAGUGGAAACCCGGUGAAAAUACACAAAGGAAAAAUGGUCACCGCAUCCGAUACGUAUCAGUCGAAGUCGGAUUUCGAUAAGAGGCGGCUCAUGCGGCUGCAACAGGUACGACAGCAGUCCAAAGAUAUUGCUGAGAAUGUUCGUAACAAAGUGAAAAAGGAAAAGGAGAAGCAAAUGAAUGAGAUCGAGAAGGAUGGUAAGCAGAAACUGAAGAGCUGGCAAAACAGGAAGCUGCUAGAACUGCAGACACAGUACAAGGAGGCUCUGGACGAGAUUGGGAUGGGGCACAAGGAAGCUGAUGAUGUGGUCCUAGAAGAAAUUGAGGAUAAAUUAGAGAGGCAAAGAAGCAGUGAGAGGGCAGCUGAACGGGAACAAGUGGCGCAAAGGAGCUUGGAAAAUGAGAAGGCGGUAAAAGAUGCUGAAAAACAAGCAAUUAAAAACAGAAAAAGUCAAGUAAAAAGUAUGGAGGCUUCAAGAGUGUCAAGAAUGGCUAAUAUUAAAAGAAAUUCUCCCAAAAAAAUUGUAAGUAGUAAAGUAAAGAAGCCAAGUUCCACAAAUAUCAGUAUUACUGUACCACAAGGUACUGGCACCUCCAAUAGUACUUGUGGGGACAAUUUAGAUGAUGUCUUUGUUUCUGAUGGUGGUCUACCUGAUAUACCAGAAGAAUCCGACGACAUUUCUAUUAGUUCCUGUGAUCAGGAUGUAGCAAAAGCACAACCAAAAAUUUUAAUGGACCAAUGCAACCAGUUUCCAAGCAAGACCACACAAAACCAUUCAAAUGAAGUUCAUCAGGCAAGCAUAGGUGUACAAUGUUCUAACGUGGAAACGGAGCCCCCUCCUCUAGCAAGAGCACCAUGCGGACCCGAAUAUUACGACUCCCGAAUAUCGGACAGGAUUAAAAGACGCACCAUAAUGGCCAGUCAGCCAGAUUAUUGCGAUACAAUAGCCGCAGACAACCCCCCUUUGUUACAGACCUCCACGAAAGUACGUGACGCAAUUAUUACGAGAAAUUUGAACAACGACAUCUCAUGUGAUUGUGCACGAGCUGGGUAUACUUAUUGCAGCUGUUGCUGUAAAAAUCUUGAACCAAUUGCGCUCCAAUUGAGCAAAGCACAUUGUCCUUGUAGUAAAGAAAAUUAUACUUAUUGUAACUGUUGCGGCAAAAAGACUGAUAAUAUUGCACAAACGUCAAAACCAACGAACAUAUCCAAGACUGAAAUACCCCAAAAACCUAAAAUUAAUUUAAAAAAUGCGGACUUACCCGUCUCCAAAUCGACCGCCUCCCUCGACUCCAACAAAGUAAGUUACUAUGAACACACCAACAAAUACGAAGGUAAAUCGUUACAGGAAAUAUCGGUGGAUAAAAUCGGCCUAAAUGAUAUUGAAAUUGACCCCGGAUUACCUACGGAACGGGAAUACCGGGAGAAAAUGAAACAAAGGGACAAGGAAGCCCAGGACCGUGCCAAGAAGGCGUUGGAGAGGGAAAAAGUACAGAAAGAUUACAGGGAAAUGAUGCAGAAGCUGCCGUUACUUCAAAAACAGGAACGACUGGCCAAACUGCACACUGACAGGCCUGAGUAUCACAUGAAUGAAGAAAGACUAAAGGAGUUGGAGAGGAAGAAGCAGAACCACUUGGAAAACGCUUACAUUAAAAGUUUUCCAAACUUGGAGCCCAAAGUUGUCACCCUAAACUCGAAAAAGGAUAAAAGUGACGUCAGAAGAAGGCAGGAACGUGACUCUUCUGGGAAAGAUGUAGGAAGUUGGACAAUGAAUCAAAACCAGUCUCAGUUGUUCUCAGCAGAAGAAGUUCAACACAUGAUCAAUGCAAUGUCGGAAAGCACAUAUCGCGACAGAAAAUCCCAAUUCAAGGAGUUGUUGCGAAGCCUCGAUAUGCAAAAGAAGCAGCUCAUUGAAGAAAUUAAAAAGCUGCCUAGAGACGAAAGUGUCAUACAAAUGUUAAGGGACUUAAAUGACCUGGAUGAGUCUGAGGAGGCACCCAAGAAGAAGUCUAAGAACAAGGGGAGAAGCUCAAAACCUAAAAAACAAACUACUCAAACUGAAGAAAGUGAAUCAGACAAAUUACUUUCAAAACAACGACCAAGAUACCCCAAAAAUGUUUUGGUUUUACAAAAUAUUAGUACACAAACAUCACCAAAACCAGUCAAGGAUAAGGUCUUGCAGGUGGGACCAGAGGAGACUGAAAAAGAUACGGCACCGAAAGAAAAAUCGGAAGAUAAAAUAAUGUGCCCAAAGCUACACACUCCCUGUGGUUGCAAGGAAGCUGAGGUUGAACCAGUUAAAAUACUGAUAAAAAUUAACGACGGGAAAGAAGUUGAAAUUCAAGAUGGCAAAGUCAUAACUGAACCAUUAAAAAUUACAAGUCUGAAACCUGAGGAAGAAAAACCAGCAAAACCUCCACCAAAACCUGUUGUUGAAAAACCUCUAGUUAAAUCACCACGUAAAAAAUCACCCACUAAACCAAUUAAACCAAUUAGUCAUAAAGUUCUACCAAAAGAUAAAUCGUUAUCCUGGAGGGAUACUUUUAAUAAAACUUCCACUUCCUCUACUUCCUAUUUCAGUCCUCCAGAGCUUUCACAAGCUUCCAACGAAUCACUGUAUGACUUACGCAGGAAACCUCAGCAAAGAAAUAGUGAGUCCAGAACAAAACGUUUGGAAACAAGCUCAGACGAGGACGUCAACAUACAAGCUUUAGUGGAAAGAUUGUUGUCUGUGCCACGUUUUGUUAUGGAUAACUUGGGCGUAUCUUCAAGUUCCGUCACAACCCCCGACCAAAGCGUCGUAGAAAUAGAAACGAAUAUCCCCCCAAAUCCAGUACAUGAACUGCUGAAGCAGAUUAUUAAAACUAGACCAGAAGUUUUGGAAAAUUUGAGCACGUCCCAAGACAAAGACGUAACCCAAGAAAGUAUUCUGAACGGUAGCUGUGAUGUUCCAAUAUGCCCCCAAAGUAAGUUUCCUAAAGACUAUUUUCAGCCUGACCCAUCCAAAUCGUCGACCGUUUUAGAUGAAUCGAGUACUGUCGUGGACUGCAGGACAAAUUGUGCCCAGCAAUAUGCCGAAAUUACUAAUACCACGAGCAAGAAAAUUGAAAAUUUGGCUGCCAUGAUACAGAAGCUGCGUGAAGAGAGAAAUCAGAUUAUUGGAGGCCAAACGUCUGGACCGCCCGACUCCAAUAAAUCUAUUGAGAAGGAUUCUACUGUUUAUUUUGAUAUUAAUAACUCGUCUACGGCUAAGUCGAGCUCCACAGCCAGUGGCAAGGAUGAAGCAUCCAUGAAUAAGUUGCUGGAAAUAGAUAUGGACCUAGCCAAAAAGUUAAGGAAGUUCAAGGAGGAUGAGCUACAAAUGCAAAAGGAUGAACCAGUAGCAAAUGAUGAUGAAUUACUGAAAAGACUCCACAGUCUGGUAAAUAGUCCUCCAGAAAAGCUUAAAGCAGAGAAAAGUGUGCAAAACGACACCGACAAGGAUCCGCCCUUUAUGAUGAAUAGUAUUUUGGCAAACAUUCCAAAACUCCCCAAGUUUCUACCCCUUGAAGACACCAAAAAGAAGCCGCCUCCAAGUAAAGGUCUUAUAGUAGCAAAGAGGUUCAACCAAAACAUUUCAGGUUUUCCCCAUGAACUAAGCGCCAUUCAAGAAGGUGAAAGUCAUGUUUCUACCAAAACUGAAUUUAUGGAUCUAAAGUCUACCUCAGAUAGUACUUUAAAGAAGUCUAGUAUUUCAACCACAACUGACUCUUCUCUGGAGGAGGUCAAAAAAGUCAUGGAGCAGUCGAAUAAAUCGGGGACGACAUCCAAAACUAUAUCCACCCUAGGUUCAAGCUCCAGCGACGACAUAGAAUCCAUAGAGGCGAUGUUGAAGAGCAUCGGCAUGGAAUGGGCGAUCCCGACCCUUCACAAAACUAAAGAAGCUCUGGCGUUGUGUUCCAGCAGCACCGACUCGGAGCCGGGACAAAAAUCAGGUAGAGCAAACACCAAACGCGACUCCAACUUAGUCAACUACUUGCGACAACAGUUAAUUAAAAAGAUCUCCUCGAGCACACUCGCAUCGAACACAUCUAACAGCUUAUUGGGUGAGUUUUCAGACUUGUCGUCGAUACACAGCAAGUCGCAGGAAAAGACUGAGCAAAGGACGUCGACUCCGGUGCAGCGCAAAGUGUCGCUUGUGCAGGCGUUCUCCGGCGACUCGGAUUUGUCCAGUGUGAGGAACGUGUCCGACGAGAAGGCCGAAUCCAAGAAAAUGGACCAUUUAUCGUUUCAUUCUCUGGAGGCGUCCUAAUUCGUACCCGAAUGUGAAUAGGGAAUUAUUGUUUGUAAUUGAAUUUUUUUAAAUGAAUUGUAUAAUAUAUAUUAUUUUUUUAGA